GCUUAGGCAAUAAUAAAUCGCAGUAAAUGGAGAAAGAGAAAAAGCAAGCAGAUGAAAAUGGUAAAACCCUAUAAAACUCUGGGCUUUGUGGUUCGAUAGCAUUAGCAUUUAGCAGUUUGCAGAAAAUGGCUUCGGCAGUCUCCAACGCACUUUUCCCUAAUCAAUUGACUCUCUCACACAUCCACACUUCCCGCCACAGACCUCAACCCUCUCCCUUUCUUCUCAGGUUCCACAAUACAUGGAGUACCAGGGCCAAGCUUUUCUGUUCUGCUGCUUCUGCAGCUGGAGCUGGAAGUUCCAGCUCCAAUCCUGACGGUGACUUCAACCCUUACGAGGUUCUAGGUGUUAGUCCUAUUGAAAGAUUUGACAUGAUCAAGGCUGCAUAUGCGAAAAAGAAGAAGGAGGCUGAGAUUAGCGGCGACGAAGCUACUGCUUCCCGGUUGGAGAAGGCAUAUGACAAACUCAUGAUGGCUCAGUUGACUAAUCGGAAAAAGGGUGUGACUUUUGGAUCAUUUAAGGUUUCGAAGGACAUCAAGUAUGCUGACAAGCAGCCAAUUAUACCUUGGGGGCCAAGGUUUGCUAAAUCAACUACAAAUGAUACACGCAUCAACUUGGCAAUAUCUGCUGUUUUCACAGCUUGGAUCCUUGUUAGGCGGAGUGCUGAAUAUAAACCUUUGCAAUUUUUAGCAUUUGCUUUUGUUUAUAGGCUAUUUGAGAAGUUAAAAUCAUUUGAAUCUCCUGCAACCCGAACAUAUAAUGAAGAAGGUGAGGAUACCGGAGAAGGUUUGCGUAUGGGAAAACGAUUGCUUCGAUCUCUGGCAUUGGUGUUUGGUUGUGUAGCUUUGUCAUCUGUGGGAUACACUAUCUUUUUGAACAUAAUUGAGUAUGCAGGUGGUUUUAUUCCCGCUGCCCUUUACAACAGCCAGGAGUUGAUAAUCACCACUUCAUCGGCGGUAAUGCUUUAUAUUUUGGCAACUUAUUAUAGAUAGUGAAGUGGGAAGCUCUCUUGAAGUCGUAGAAACCCUGCAUGUAGUGUUAUUUUUGGUUUUUAUUCUAGUGAGUCAAAUUUUGUCAAAAGAAGAAGAAUCAAUAUUAAGAUAUGUUUAUACUAUAUUGAGAUAAAUAUAUCAUAUAUUACAUC